UUUCAUAUCUCUUAGCAAUUAAAAAAGUAAUCGCUGACCUACUUUUCUUAACUUGUUAUAUUACCUUGCCUUUUAAGCACUCUUUCCCCUCCUUUCUGAUUCUCCUUUCCUUCUUCUCCCACCUCUUCAACUCCAUAGUAGCAUGCCUGGAUGUCCAGAGAAAGGGAGAGGUUUGAUGAGAUAGGAAGGAGGAUUAAUAAGAGAGAGAGGGAUGCAUCGAUAAUAACAUCUCAACAAAUGGGAAUUAAUGGAAGCAAUGUUUUGGGGACGACGAACUCGUUGACGAACACAAUAACACCUUGUGCGGCGUGUAAGCUGUUGAGGAGAAGAUGCGCGGAAGACUGCCCUUUCUCUCCCUAUUUCUCACCACUUGAACCCUACCGAUUUGCCGCCGUUCACAGAGUCUUCGGUGCCAGCAACGUCUCCAAGAUGCUCAUGGAGGUACCCGAGAGCAAAAGAACGGACACCGCGAAUAGUUUGGUUUACGAAGCAAAUGUGAGGCUCAGGGACCCUGUGUACGGAUGCAUGGGUGCAAUCUCAGCUCUACAGCAAGAGGUUGAUUUGUUUCAAGCAGAACUUAAUGCAACGAGGACUGAGAUAUUGAGAUACAGAUAUAGAGAAGCUGCUAACAACAACAAUGUUAUCGCUAGCGUCGGCGCUUCCAGUAGUACUCCUCAUGCUCCUAGUUUAGUCUCGACCGAGGCUGCUCCCGCGUCUCCUCCUCCUCCAGUACUACUGCCGCCUCCACCGUCUGUUAUGGUUUCUUCUUCUUCUUUGUACACGUCCCCGGCAACUAUUGCAAUGGUAUAUAACCACAUUCCGAGUAAUAUUAGCGUCCCAUAUGAUCUUGACUAGAGAGAGGAUAUAUAUAUAAGUAGAUUUUGUAAACCUAUUGGGUCUCUCGUUUAGUCUUCGCGUUGUUUGGAUUCAACUCCAUUUGAAGGCCGAGAAAGUCGUUUAAUUUCUUUAACAUUUUCUCGACAGCCAAACGGAGCAGUACUACAACUUCAAAGCACUUCUUUGGAUAGUUUGUUUCUAUUUAAUUACAGUAAUUUGUUGGUUA